AGUCACUUUUACGUUAUGUGCAUUAAUAUGAAAGCCAAAACUUUGGACAUCUUGGAUAAUAGAAUACUUGAGGAUGGGAUACCCCUUGAAAGCAAGUAUCGUGAUUAUCCUCGGAAAGUGCUGGAAGCAUUUUCAUUGUUCCUCCACCGUGCGGAAUACAAGUGUUAUAGGCAUGUAGCUAAAUUCAAGAUAAGGUUAAUAGAAAUGCCUUGGAGAUCCAACAUGAACAUUGUUGAUUGUGGUGCAUAUGCAAUGAGACAUAUGGAAACCUACCAUGCACAAGACAACUGGGAUUGUGGACUAUACUCAGAUAAUUUUGAAGGUUUGAAGAAGCUAAGGAUACAAUACUGCAUUGAUUUACUCACCGACAAUGCUAAUGAUAAAAGGGUCGAGCUCCAGGUCUUAGCAAGAAAGUUUAAGAAGCUUGAAAACAAUGAAUAAAUUUAAAGAUUCGUGUGCAUGUGGUGCACAUAAUAGCUUUACUUAAUUGUUUUUAAAUGGUAUUCUCGUCUAAUUAUGUUCAU